GCUUCGGCGGGACCCUUGCCGCGUACAGCCGGAAAAGUAUACAGUGCCAAGUACGAGUUCUACUGUGGUAGAGCUGUUACCUACCUAGUUCCCCUACCUUCUGGUAUUUUCGUGCGCUUGCCAGAUUCUUUGAGCUCCGUGGACUGCGCAGGCCAGGACCAGCUCGCAUCAGCCAACCGAAACUGAGCGGUUCAAGUCUGCAGCAUUGAAGCCGCUUCGUCAGGAAUGAUCGUAGCCCUAUCCAAGCAAUAGCGGUUCAGGUGGACUUCGCAUCAAAUUAUGCCGCGCUUUGAGGAGGGUCAACAAGGGCCAAAGAGUGUUGCGACAACACAGGACACAUGCUAACAUGAGAACCCAUCUUUUUGUGUCCAAUAUCGCCUUCUUGAAUGCAAAGAAGGCGAUACUGGACAAUAGGAAAGCUGUGGUUUUCGCGGAUGUUGCAAAACGGUCAAUCACCACAAGCGUCCCAUGCUGCUCCCCGGCCCAAUGGGAUGCAAACUGGGCGCCACAUCUGCAUGCAUGAACCUCUGUUCAAACAGGGCAGCGCUUGCGCUAAUAUCGCAGCCCGUGUCUCCUGCAUCUGCAUCAAGCCGUCCGAACCGCCAUCUGUGUUGGUUAUGUGGAACCCGGAUGCGAAUUUCAAUGCCUACUAUGAUAAAGACGCUCUUGGCGUGGAGUACAUCAAAAGACUCGGAACAAGAAACUUGGAACAGGAGGGCUAUGAACCUUGGAAGCUAUUUCCACCUCAGCAUGGGCGGCAAUCCAGCGGGACGCACGGUCGAAGGACCGGGCCGGACUUCAGCAGAACAUUGAUCAGGUCGGGAAGCGGCACAGAUGCUUUCAGCUAUGCCAUAAGCGACAGUUGGCGCCCACCAUCAGCACGUCACACGGUUCGCUUCCCACCGUCAAUAGAACAAGCGAAGCCUUGCAGGUCAAGGACUUCAACACCGAUGUGGGCGUACGCCGCCCAUGGCAGCAUGUCACAGUAUGGAGGCAGGCUGCACCAUACCACCAUGGCCUUCGAGAUGCCCUUGCCAGCGUCUGGCUAUGUCCGCUUUGUCUUACUCGACUUUUAUAUUUCCUCCAAGACGGGAUACUGCUAUCGCAACCGAGUUCCUCGAAGAUGUCGUGCACCUGAGGCGAUACUUGUUAGCCAGCGAGCAUUUCCAUAUCUGACCUCCGUCGCCGCCAUUCGGUUCAUGAGCCCUGCAUGCAUGAUACAACAGCGCAAUGGGCAACGCCUACGGGUCUUACCGACAUGCCAACGCAGGUUGCCGUUCGAAUCCUCGUCCAGUGUACCCUCGGCUACAGUGAGAGUUCUGGAACAGUAGGGCGUGUAUUCAGGCGGUAUCUGCGGUAUUACAAAGAGUGUAGCUCAAUCGCGCUGUCAAUUGCGAGAGCUCUCUGACAUAUCAAAAGGACAUUCCGCCGCAUCACUGUCGUCAAUGAAACAAAGACAACUGUAGAUCUACAUUUGCGACACUAUACAUAGCAUAUCUUACCCAGAUGCUAGCCGGAUCCCAUCCAUCCUUUAGGAACUUUUGGACAUUUACCUUGGUCCCUCAGCCUAGUUUUAUUGCAACCAGAUAUUGGCUGUUGUGAAGGGUUACUCCAAUACGAAACCUU